AUGCUACCAUUCUGGUGCCUGCUCGUCAUUGGAGCUGUCACUUGUGCGCAGUUCGUGAUACCUCCUGACGACCUCAUCGAAACCAUCGGGUAUGCUGGUGUUCCAGUCCGGUUUAAGGAAGUGCCGUCAGGGAUAUGCGAGCUCGAUCCUGAUGUAAAAAGCUUCUCGGGAUAUGCAGAUGUCGAGAUAGACCAACACAUCUUUUGGUGGUUCUUCGAGGCUAGAAAUGGCAACCCACAAGACUCACCAGUGACUGUAUGGAUCAACGGCGGACCAGGCUCAAGUUCCAUGACAGGACUAUUAGCAGAACUUGGCCCUUGUGGCAUUGAUUAUUUCGGCAACGUAUACAACAACCCGAAUUCUUGGACGAAUAACAGUAACCUGCUAUUCAUCGAUCAGCCGAGUCAGGUUGGCUUCUCGUACUCUCAGCCAGUGCCAGCCUACGAAGAGGAUGGGAAGUUGACAGUCGUACCCAGUGACGACUGUCCCAAGGAUGGAUCAAACUCGAAGACGUGCGGAACUUAUUCGAACCCGAAUGUGGCAAUUACGGCAAACUCAACAAUCAAUGCAGCGCCGGCUUUCUGGAAGACUCUACAAGGCUUUAUGGGUGCCUUCCCGCAGUAUUCUCACGCUGGGUUCAACAUAGCAACCGAAAGCUAUGGAGGCCAUUACGGCCCUGUAUUUGGCGCCUUUAUCGAGCGACAGAACGAUUUGGCCAUUCCCGGUACCCAGAAAGUAGACCUCCGCACCCUGCUCGUAGGGAAUGGCUGGUUUGAUCCCAUGAUUCAAUUUCAAGCUUUCUACAACUUUACAGUCAGCCCUGGAAAUACGUAUGACUUCUUCCCGUUUAACGCAUCGACGGAAUCACGUGUGUACGACAAUCUGUACGGCUCCGGAAAAUGCCUCGAUCGGCUGGGGAACUGUAAGCUCACCGGAAUAAACUCAGUCUGCGCCGAGGCCGACGAGUACUGCAUGGACAAUGUCGAGGGUUUAUAUCACGAGCUACUGGGCCGCGACGUGUACGACAUACGCGAAGUCGACCCAGAUGUGUUCCCGUACAAGUUCUUCCUAGACUACCUAAACACACCCGGGGUUCAGAAGGCUAUCGGCGCCUACACCAACUUCUCCAGUUUCAGCCGCACGGUAAACCAGGCGUUCAGCAGCACCGGAGAUGACGCACGCGAAGUCGACACGAUCGAAGACAUCCGAUUUCUUCUCAAGCGCAAUAUUACCGUUGCUCUGUAUGCAGGUGACGCAGACUUUGACUGCAACUGGAUCGGCGGCGAGGCCGUAGCCGAUGCCGUCGAGGCUCGUGGGUUUUCGCGGGCUGGUUACACGCACUUGGAAACCAGCGAUGGCAUUGUUCAUGGUCAGGUGAAGCAGGCCGGUCGGUUCAGCUUCACUCGAAUCUAUGAGAGUGGCCACAUGGUCCCGUUUUAUCAGCCCCUGGCCGCACUGGCGCUGUUCGAACGUGCCACCCGAGGGGUUGAUAUCGCCUCGGGUGCCUUAUCUGCCGAUCCGUCUUACGUGACAAAAGGCUCCAGAAAAAGUGCCUACCGGGAGGGAACUGCUACGAUGCAGUGGGAGCCAGUCGCACCCAACACCACUUAUGAUGUGGCGACAAACAAGCCUGGCAGACCUUGGUCGCGUUACCCGGCGGCUGAGGACAAGCCUGCGGAUGCGGAAUACUGGAAGCUGUACCACUUCGAAAAUAAUGAACUAGGGGAAGGAAGCCCAUUAUGUUUAUAA